AUGCCUAUAAAUCCGCGGAAGAAGACAAAACAGGACAGCGUAAUUGACGCUCGGACUGAGGAUGAAAAGGCUGCUAAUCGCGCGUUGGCUCGGAGUGCGGCUAGAAAAUUUGCGAGCAACCGCGACAGUCCUGCUGGUCCAGCUACACAUUCUUCUGACGAUGAGGUUGAUCGUAAUUCCUCUGAUAGUGACGUAACUUUCGUCUCUGAAAAACUUCCAAUAACUCCGACUACACCUUCAAAAAGUAAAGUUGUUCGACCGAAGGUAAUUCCGACGAAAAAAGCAGCCUAUCCUGCGAGAAACAAGAAACGCAAAUUCUCUUCAAGCGACGAAUCUGAAGAACCGAUUUCUGAGCGUCGAGCAGUGCGAGGCAAAUCAAAGGCAAAAUGUGCUUCUGGUAAAAAGAAUGAAAAAGAUGCCAGUGAACGAUCGCAAUCGCCGAAAAGUAAGCCUAUUCCUCGCGCCCGACGAUUGCAGAAUGUUCCCCUUGGAGCGCUUUCCCAAAUGGACUGGAUGGAUCGUCGGGAUCCUAAUGUGCCAAAAGGUGACAGUGUCGCACCGCCAAACGAGCCGAUCGUCAAGCCGAUUUUGGCGCAGAGUGAGUCUAAUCUGCCUCGGGAGAUUUCUAUGAACAACGCGGUGUUUGAGCAAAGUGGGGUACCUGUUGAUCUUAUUGAAGGCGACGCCCCUCACAUUCCGCUUAAUCUAACGCGAAAAUCUGAUACGGAUAAGGUCCAAGAGCAGUUGGCUUCAAUUCGACUCGCACCGAAGUCUGCCAGAAAAAGUCGACACAGCGAGAAGAAUAAAAAUACGAUUGAAUCAAACAAAUAUCAAUCUUCCCUGUCAAUGGUACCUGAAGAGACUGAAGAGGAGCAGUAUCCUCGCGAUCAUGAAGAUUCAAUCACUGAAAGCGAGGAAAGCGAUGGUGAACUACGAAUGAAAAUAAAGGGGCUAGAACAGGAGAAACCUAUGUGGUAUCUCAAUCGAUUCCAGUUGCGACGGUUUUUUUCGGCUGCUUAUGAUUCGAAGAAUGGCAUUCGACCGAGCUUACGCGGCACGAGAAUAGCCAAUUUUCUGCAGCGUGUCGAUAGAAAGCUCUCAAAUGCAGAACGCGCAACUGCGGAACAAGAUGAUUCUCCCACCUAUCGUGUAUUCUUUGAAAAUACUCCCAAAUACAGUUCUUUCGAUCCGUUCUACACGGAACCUGGUGCUUACACUGGUGUUUAUGUUGAAUGGGAUCAAUUGGGCGCUUUCAAACCAUAUUUUGCGGUGGAUGGAUUUGGAAAUUUCUACAUCCGCAUGCUUAAAAUUUGGGUCCACUAUCCAAGCAGUGUGGAGGGAGUUGAAGGCGCUUGGAAACUCGUUGACUUUGCAGAUCGUUCUUUGGGACAUCCUGCAAAAGUACUAGCAGCUGUCAACAAGAUACCAAUUUACGCAUAUCCUUGGCCGACUAAAAUACGCAUUCGUUCUCUCGACAAAAGCCGUCCACUCACAAUUCUGGAUCCUAAUGGACCUUUCAAGGCUUCUGUUCUGCUCAUUAACGGAUUUAUUCCUCUCGUUUGCGAUCCACCCUACAAAAAACAAGCCGAUCUUCUGUUUAACAACCCUGAGGUGUUGGACGUUCUUUGUGACUCUGAUAUGACAAACGAAAGACCAAAUCAAUCGCAAGUGGAUGCUGUCAAUACCCGACUGGAGAACUUCGUCUGGCGGUGCAUUCCAAGUGUCUUUAGGGCUGAUCUCUUUGGAGUGACUGACGAUAACAACGUCCCUUCGUCUGAGAACAAGACUGUCGAAGAGCGAUUCCAGGUUCUUCAAAAUAAAUGCGAUUCAUUGUUUGGUGCCAAAGAAAGCCAGCAAAAUAAUGAUCCAUUUCAAACUAAGAAAAACCCUAUUGACGUCGCCGUCGACCAGAUUCUUGAGGCUCUCCCGCCUAUUUUCAAGCGGUAUGAAGAUUUCUGGCCUUCAAAAAUGCUCAUUGAAGCGCUUCUUUACGCAAACAGCACAAAGUGUUUCACCGAAUCCACUGACUUGAUGGCUAUGAUGGGCGUUUCCCGCGGAAUCUCUGCAAAAAUUAUCGCUUGGCAGAUUUGGGCUCAGUAUCGUCCCGAAGAACUUGACAAAAAAGCCGUCAAAAAGGAGCUCAUGAAAGUUCAGAAGAAGCUUGAAAAAGGUCUCAAGACGAAAAAUUUAGGCGUGCCCACUCCAAGUGUCAUGCAUUCUGUUGCCCCUGAAAAAUCUAUACCAUUGAAGAAAGCUGUGGAGUCCGCACGACCAAAUAAACGUAGCCAAAGUACCGCUGACACUCUCGAGCAAGAGAUUCCUGAUCCUUUGUUGGUUGGUGGUACUCGACGCGGAGUGAAUCGCAAUGAAAAUCGUUUUGGUUUCUUUAAAACACACCCCAAAUCAUCAACUACUGCGCCCACACCUCCAUCUCUUAUCUCAUCUUCAAACUCCGAUGAUUCUUCUUAA